AUGGUUCGUUUCGUUAGAAUACCAACUUAUGAACAGUUCGACAAGAUGAUUGAUAAAACCGUUAAAGAAAACGGAAAAAACAUAUACGUUUUGCUUUUUGGUACCGAAGACCCCUCCACCGGGAGUUCAUGGUGUCCAGAUUGCGUUAUAGCUGAUCCUUUAAUUCGUCGUCACUUCUCAAACGAAGCUCAUCCCGAAAGUGUGCUUGUUGAAGUCCCGGUCGGUACUAGAUCCCAAUAUAAAGGAAGACCCGACAACCCUUACAGGACCCACCCAAGAAUUCAACUCAAGGCCAUUCCCACUUUGAUAAAAUGGUCGGCUAAUGGUAGCGAUGAUAAAAGUUUGGUAGAAGAUGAAUGUAGUCGUGAUGACAUGUUAAAAAAAUUCUUUUCUGAAUAA